ACUUUGAUACAAAUAAUUUGCUUGAUAAUUUCGAUAGCAUACAAGUUUUAAAUGAAACAAACCAAAGUGAAACCUCUUCACAACUUGAAACCAAUAAAUUAUUCGAUAAUUUUAAUAUUGAUAAUAACUUUUCAAAUGAAGAACUUGAAUCUACUGAACCUUCUACUAAGUUGUUAGUUGGACAAUCAUUUGAAACAUGGGAUGAUACAGAAAAUUUUUUAAAACGAUAUGGUUUGCAAAAAGGAUUUGAUCCUCAGCAACAACGUAAUCAUUUGGCAAAAGCUUCUG